GCAAAAUGAAAGAUAGUUUUAAAAUAUUGUUUGUAUUAAUUAUUUGUGUUGAAUUCAUAGCAUGUAUUGAUGUGAAGACAACAUCGGGUGUAGUGAGGGGUCAGACUAUAGAUGUGUUGGGCGUAAGUAUUGACCAGUUUUUGGGUAUACCUUAUGCCGAACCACCCGUCGGGAGACUCCGGUUCGCCAAACCUGAACCCAUCAAAACAACAAAACCGGAAAUAAUUGAUGCGACAAAACCCAAAAACGCUUGUAUCCAAAACCCGUCGCCAUAUUUCCCAAAUAUAACCCUAAGUGAAGACUGUUUGGUAUUAAACAUAUGGAAACCAAAUGCGGGCAAUAAUAACACAAACAAAUUACAGCUCAAACCCAUUAUGUUUCACAUACACGGCGGCGGUUUAGCAUCUGGUUCAAUAUUUGAAAAUUUUUUGUCUACUAAUGUGUUGGCCACCCGUGAUGUGGUAUUUGUUUCAACAGCUUAUAGAUUAGGAGAGUUGGGCUUCCUAUACGGCAAUCGAGAGGACGCGCCCGGAAAUGUUGGACUCUAUGAUCAGUUAUUGGCUCUCAAAUGGGUUAGAGAAAAUGCUGAACAGUUUGGCGGAGAUAGGGAUGAGAUCACGAUAUUGGGUGAGAGCGCCGGGAGUUGGUCGGUGUCCGCACACAUACUCUCCCCGCUAUCCAAAGGCCUAUUCAAGAGGGCUAUUAUGGAAAGCGGCGCCCAUUUGUAUAACAAGGAUAGAGAUGUCGUCAGUAAAGACGAGUCAAUAUCUUUAGGCAAACGGAUAGCAAAAGAGCAGAAUUGCAGCGAAAGUGAGGAUUGGUUGCAAUGUUUGCGACGAUUGGAUGCAAAAGUGUUCAACAAAUACUUAAAUCUGAUGACAUAUCCAGUAUUGGGCACUGAAUUCCUACCCAUUUCUGCUCAAAAAGCAUUUGCGGACAAAAAAUAUGCAGAUGUGGACAUAAUAGCAGGCAUUGCCAGUACUGAGGGCUCAGAGUUGUCCUUAUAUGCGCUUCCGCUCAAAGAUAAGGUGACUCUCAAUGACAUUAUUGAGGCCACGAAUACAUCGGACAGUGUUUAUCACGGAUUGGAUGUGAAACGAGUGGACGACUAUUAUCUACAAAAUGUCGACAAAAACAGUUCACUUGAGCUCAAGAAAGCGUUUUAUGAAUUGUUUGGCGAUUUAAUAAUGAAAUGUCCGACAUAUCUGUUUGCCAAACAAGCUGCCUUAAAUGGACAACCUGAUCGUAAUGUAUAUUUCUACCAGGUCACUUAUCAAAACAAGUACACCGCUCACAUAGCGGGUUGUGAUAAGGAUGGAAUGGGUGUCUGUCAUUGCGCUGAAACUACAUUUGUUAAUGGAUUGCCGUUUGUAAUACCCGACGCCUACACUCCAGUGGACGCUAUAUUCAGUGCAGAGUUAAUGAAAAUGUGGACUAAUUUUGCUAAAUAUGGGUAA